UCCAACUCAACAGUCGUUAAGCCUUUUUAAUCUUUCUCCAGCGUCACUCUUCCUCAGAUUCUCUGUCCUUAUUCAUUCAUUACCACGAAAGUAGACCAGAGACUGGUCCUCCUCCAGUACCAAGCCUCUUGUUUCUUAUUUAUUUUUUAUGGUCAACGCCCUCCCCAUCUGGCUAGAAAAUCCACGCUCAUUCAUUUUCUCUUCCCAAAAUCUCUGAAUCCAUUUCUGGGUUUUGCUCUUUGUUCUCAAAUCUCAAAUGGGUCGCAGGAAUAAUGAAAUAGAACCCACCCGUUUCUCUUCUUUUAUCCUUCUCUCUGUGGGUUUGAUUUCCUGCGCUCUGGUAUAUGCAUGUGUCUCUCUGGUGCUCAGAACCAGUGGUAAUUCUUCGGUUUCAGAUUUGGGUUCUUUGGCAUUGGUUGGAGAGGAUGUUGAUGGUGGAGGGAAAGGAGAUUUGGGUGGUGGGAGUGGAAGGUGUUGUAGAGGGAUUGAUAAUUUGGAGCUUUGGGGAGCUGCUGUGAAGUGGGGUUCGGAUUUUAAGUUCAACUCUUCCGAGGAAUGUUGUAACGCUUGUAAAGCAAUGUGUACUGGGAAUGAUGGACCGUGCUUGUGCGAUACUUGGGUGUUUUGUGGGAACCGGGAGGCUUGUGGCUCAAAAUUUGGUGAGUGCUGGUUGAAGAAACAGAAAGAUACCAUGCAACCUGAUCGGCAAGAAGAAGGGGAAAAAGUUAGCUGGACUUCUGGGAUCAUAUUUGGAAAAGGAGAGGGCAUUAUUGGCAUGAAAACAAAAUAUGGAACUCUUCAUAUUAAGCUUCUCCCUGAUUGUGCCCCCUACUCUGUGGCCUACAUUCUUCAGUUGCUGACUUUGCGCCAUUGUGCUGGUUGUCAAUUUUAUCGUGCGGAGAGCCGAGGAGAGUCUUGGGACUCAGAAGGAAACCACAUAAAAAAUGCUCCUUUAGGUCCUCCUUUUGCAUUGAUUCAAGGAACACUAGAAACUGUGGCAACCAGUUUCAAGAAGAUUCCAACUGAAGAUUGUCCAACCAUCAGAAGAGGUUCUGUAGCAUGGAUUGGUUCAGGCCCAGAAUUCUUUGUAAGCCUUGCAAACCAUGACGAGUGGAAAAACUCGUACACUGUGUUUGGUUCUGUACUUCCAGAAGACAUGAAUAUUGCAGAGAAAAUUGCUCAUCUCCCCACCAAACCAGAUGUUUGGAACAAUAUCAAUGUAUCUGUGUUAGAAGAGGCUAUUCCAUUGGUGAUUCAGAGAAUCAAAACCAGUCAUGGAGAUAUUACUACAGGUGUAAAAACAGAUUGACAAAGGUUUGUGUAAAUUCUGUGAGUGUAUGCGAUCCAAGUUGGCUUUUUUCUUCGUGGUGUUUUUUUCUCCACUCUUCUGAAUUCUUUGAAUUCAGUUUUGCUUCUAUUUCUUGAAGCUAUAACACCAACCUUUAUGUAAAAAACUUUCAUGCAUCAUAAAGAAAUUCUAGGGAAUGGAAUUUACUAGCCUUAAUCCA